AUGGAUGGAACCAAUGACAGCACCCAGGAACGUUUCAUCCUGUUGGGGUUUUCUGAUCACCCCCAUCUGGAGAGGAUCCUCUUUGUGGUCAUCUUGGUUGCUUAUCUUCUGACCCUUGUGGGCAACACCACCAUUAUCCUGGUGUCCCGGCUGGACCCACAUCUCCAGACGCCCAUGUACUUCUUCCUCACCCACCUGUCCUUCCUGGAUCUCUGUUUCACCACCAGCUCCAUCCCGCAGCUGCUCUAUAAUCUCCAUGGACAUGACAAGACCAUCAGCUACAUAGGCUGUGCCAUCCAGCUCUUCCUCUUCCUGGGCUUGGGUGGAGUGGAAUGCCUACUGCUGGCAGUCAUGGCCUAUGACCGCUUUGUGGCAGUGUGCAAACCCCUGCACUACAUGGUGAUCAUGAACCCACGGCUCUGCCUGGGCUUGGUGUCCGUGGCUUGGGGCCUAGGGGUGGCCAACUCCAUGCACAUGUCCCCAGUGACCCUUCGCCUACCCCGCUGUGGACACUACAGAAUAAAUCAUUAUUUGUGUGAAUUACCAGCUCUCAUCCGCAUAGCAUGUGUCAGCACAGCAGCUGUUGAGGGAACUGAGUUUGUCAUGGCGGUGAUCAUCGUGCUGAUACCCCUGAUUUUCAUCCUCAUCUCCUAUGGCUACAUCGUGAGGGCCGUGUUGCAACUUCGAUCAGGAUCAGGCUUGCAGAAAGUCUUCAACACCUGUGGCUCCCACCUCACAGUGGUCUCUCUUUUCUAUGGAAACAUCAUCUACAUGUACAUGCAGCCUGGAAACACCUCAUCCCAGUACCAAGGCAAGUUCCUCACCCUCUUCUACAACAUCGUCACUCCACUCCUGAACCCCCUGAUCUAUACGCUCAGGAACAAAGAAGUGAAGGGGGCUCUGAAGAGGCAGUUGCUACGUGGCAGAGAGGCAAGAAAGGGGUGA